AUGUCUUUCGUCCAGCGCCGCAUGUUCUCCGCCUCGGCGAGAAGCCUCUCCAAGGUCACCGUUCUCGGUGCCGCCGGUGGUAUUGGCCAGCCCCUCUCCCUGCUCAUGAAGCUCAACCCCAGAGUCACUGAGCUCGCCCUCUACGAUAUCCGCGGAGGCCCUGGUGUCGCCGCCGACAUCUCCCACGUCAACACAAAGUCCGUCGUCAAGGGCUACGACCCCACCGCCACCGGCCUCGCCAGCGCCCUCAAGGGCGCCGAGGUCGUCCUCAUCCCCGCCGGCGUCCCCCGCAAGCCCGGCAUGACCCGCGACGACCUCUUCAACACAAACGCCUCCAUCGUCCGCGACCUCGCCAAGGCCUGCGCCGAGUCCUGCCCCGACGCAAACAUCCUCGUCAUCUCCAACCCCGUCAACUCCACCGUCCCCAUCGUCUCCGAGGUCUUCAAGGCCCACGGCGUCUACAACCCCAAGCGCCUCUUCGGCGUCACCACCCUCGACGUCGUCCGCGCCUCCCGCUUCGUCUCCGAGAUCAAGUCCACCGACCCCAAGGACGAGAACAUCACCGUCGUCGGCGGCCACUCGGGCGUCACCAUCGUCCCCCUCUUCUCCCAGUCCAACCACCCCGACCUCUCCUCCAACGCCGAGCUCGUCAACCGCGUCCAGUUCGGCGGUGACGAGGUCGUCAAGGCCAAGGACGGCGCCGGCUCCGCCACCCUCUCCAUGGCUUUCGCCGGUGCCCGCAUGGCCGAGUCCCUCCUCCGCGCCUCCCAGGGCGAGAAGGGCAUCGUCGAGCCCACCUUUGUCGACUCCCCCCUCUACAAGGACCAGGGCAUCGACUUCUUCUCCUCAAAGGUCGAGCUCGGCCCCAACGGUGUCGAGAAGAUCCUUCCCCUCGGCAAGGUUGACGCCGCCGAGGAGAAGCUCCUCGAGGCCUGCUUCGCCGACCUCAAGAAGAACAUUGCCAAGGGUGUUGCCUUUGUCGCCUCCAACCCCCCCAAAUAA